AUGGUACGAUUGAUGAUCACAGAUGCACAUCAUCGGAUUCGGAAAUACCAAUCAGUGAUUAAGAAUCAAAAGGCAAAACUAGAAAGCAUACUCACGACACAACACAUGACAACGCUGACAACUGAAAUUGAAAAAUCAAGCAGACGAUACAAACAACAACGAAGAAACGUCCUCAGGAAAGAGCUGCUCACAAAUCUCAGAAAUACCUUCAACCGAUGAAACAAAUAACUGCGUUGCCAACUUAUCAAAAAAACCACUUACAAAAAUGGAAGAACUUCAAAAAGGAUUGAAUUACGACACAAGAGAUGCCACGAAACUAGAAUUCUUUGUGGCAUUAGAGUCGUCUCUUAAAACAUCAGGAUUAAAUGAGGUCACUCAACAAAAAAUACAGCAAACAAUCGUACCACUGACCAGGCAAAUGCAACAUCAUGCCCAAAUGAACACUCAAGAACAGAAAAUAUUAAAAAGGCUGAAAAAUAGGAAAGACAUCGUUAUACCUCCAGCAGACAAGGGACGCACUACAGUAGUCAUGGACAAAGAAGACUACAUCAGGAAAGCAGAGGAAUUACUCAAAGACGAAAAUAUAUAUCAACUAUUUGAAACCAACCCUAUCCAGAAGUUCGACAACCAGAUCAAUAAAACCUUGAACAAACUCUUCAAAGCAAAAGAAAUAACAAAGCAAGACAAAUGGAGAAUGAAAUCGAAUGGACCUGUCCUUCCUCGGUCUACGGCAGACCAAAAAUACACAAACUAGACAUUCCUCUACGACCAAUUGUCUCACUUCCGGGAAUUCCAACAUACAACAUAUCAAGAAAACUCUCGAGAAAACUGAAACACCUCGUUCAAUCAUGAGGACAUUCCAU